GUGAUGGGGAAAGACUACUACAAGGUGCUGGGAAUAGCCAAGGGCGCGUCGGACGACGAAAUCAAGAAGGCAUAUAGGAAACAGGCCCUCCGCUUUCACCCUGACAAGAACAAGUCCGCUGGCGCCGAGGACAAAUUUAAGGAGAUAGCAGAAGCCUACGAUGUCCUCAGCGACGCCAAGAAGAAAGAUAUUUAUGACCGCUAUGGCGAAGAAGGCCUGAAGGGUUCAACUGUCGGUGGUGGCGGAGGUGGCGGGGGCCACAACGGCUCCACGUACAACUACACAUUCCACGGUGACCCCCACGCCAUGUUUGCCGAGUUCUUCGGAGGCCGCAGCCCUUUCGACCACUUCUUCUCACAGAACGGCGGUAACGAUGACGCGAUGGACCCCGCCGACCCCUUCGCCACCUUCGGGAUGGGCAGUUUUCACCGGCCCUUCAAGUCUCAGCCGGGCGGCCCCCGUGUCGCCCGGGAAAAGCAGAAGGACCCGCCGGUGGUACACGAGCUGAAGGUGAGCCUAGAGGAGGUCUUUGCCGGCUGCACCAAGAAGAUGAAGAUCUCCCGUAAGAGAUUGAACCCCGACGGCCGCACCACGCGCAGCGAGGACAAGAUUUUGUCGGUGGACAUCAAGCGCGGCUGGAAAGAGGGAACCAAGAUCACUUUCCCCCGCGAGGGCGACGAGACCCCCUUGAACAUUCCCGCCGACGUGGUGUUUGUUGUGAAAGACAAACCUCACCCUGUGUUCAGGAGGGAGGGCUCCGAUAUUAUUUACCCUGCUAAAAUAUCACUCAGAGAUGCCCUGUGCGGGUGCACUGUGAGCACACCGACGCUGGACGGCCGCACCAUCACAGUGACGUCGCGGGACGUGGUGAAGCCGGGCACCAAGAAGCGCAUAGUGGGUGAAGGCCUGCCGCUGUCCAAGUGGCCUGACAAGCGGGGCGACAUGAUCCUGGACUUCUGCGUCAAGUUCCCCGACAAGCUUGGCCAAAACACUCGUGACGCGCUCAGGCAGGUUCUCCCGCCGUGA